AUUUCAUUUUUUAUUCUCUCUCCAGCGAAUCUCGUUGCCAGACGAGCGUGCUUGAAGCGGUCGUUCUAUUUUCCACUGGCUUGGGAAACUGCCUAGCCUUACUUGAUUGAUUAAUAUUGUGUAAUAAUAUUGUUAGGUAUUUCCUGUUAAUUAUUCGAAUAAUUAAAUUAAAAUUCACUUGUAUUUAACUGCCCUUGGAUGGAACUAUAUAUUCGACUAGCAACAAAUACCAUUUUACGAAAAUAGAAACUUCGUGAAUCAUCGUUAUAAACUUUAAUUAGUGGUUUUUUAUGUUAAUUAUCCUAGAGCUACAUGUUCAAUUAAAUCCGAUACAUGUGAAUUUCAUUGUGAAAAGGUUGACUGCUGUCGUAACUGGUCAAAUUGCGACGCAAUAUGAUGGGCCGCCAUCUUGUUUACGGAGCUUAGGCUGCGUUGGCUCGUGCAUUUGGAUGUUAUUUUUACAUAGUAAACAUGCCCCGGAUUGACCCUGUAAAAUUAUUAGAGUGCCUUAGUGUACUCUUAUCUCCAGCUGGUGGAAUCAAGAGUAGAGGCGAAGUCGAGAGGCUGGCAACUUUGAUGACAAAAUUUUCUAAGAAGCUGGUAUCUAAAUGUAUUUACAUUCAAAUUCUGAAAUGCACUGAUACCGAAAUAUUGCGUUUAUUCAUGGGUUCUGGUGGAUGGUUACUUGUGCAUAUGUGGCUAACAGAAAGCAUAGUCGCAAAAAAUUGGCCACUCGUUCGAGAGUUACUAGAACUUCUUUUGCUUUGUCCCGUUGACAUAGAACGUCUUAAAACUAAUAACUGUCCAAAACUUGUUAAGGAGUUAUCCAAAGACGGCAAUCAUUUUGCUAUCAGAGCACUUGCUUCGAAGUUGGUGGAACAAUGGCUCAAGACUGUGAAGGGGGAACAAGUGUUACCCAUACAGUUGACAGAAAUUGCUCAAAUAAUAUCGGAGUCUGAUCAUGAUUCAUCUAAUUUAAUUAGCAGCGCUAUUGUUAAAGAGGAGGAACAUACUGAUUUCCAAGAAAAAAGAGAUGAAGUUGUUGAAUCAAAAGAAAUUGAUAUAUCCAAAGAUUGUAAUAACAUGUCUGAUUGUGAAGUAAAUCUCUCAAAAGAAGUAGACAAACCAAAAGAAGAAGAGGCUUUACCAGUUCUGAAAAUAACUUUAAAAGAUGGAAAACAAAUAAUAUCUCAAGUUGAUGAUAGUAACUCAAAAUUAACAGAAGAAUCAACGAACACGGAAAAAUCUAAAGAUAAACAUAAAAGCAAAAGUAAAGAAAAGUCACAUGAUAAAAGUAGUUCACGAUCUAGUUCCUCGAAACACAGUAAAUCACAUGAUUCCAGUAAUAAAAGUAGUAAUAGUAGCAGUAACCAUAAAAGCAGCUCUAGCAGGCAUAGUAGCAAAGAUAAAUCUAGAGAUAAAGAUAAGUCGUCUUCUCAUAGUUCCAAAUCUAAAACUGAAAGUAGCAGUAGGAAAUCUAGUGAUAAAUUAAAUACUUCGAGUAGUAAAUCUAAAGAUGAUCGAAGUAAGCAUACAUCUUCUGAUAAAACUAAGUACAAAGAAAAAGACAAAAAAACUGACAAAAAUAAAGACGAUUCCCAGAAACCUACUAUUGAAAAGUUAGAAUCUGAGAAAUCUGAAACUCCGUCAAUUCAAAAGUUGGGCAAGAUUCCCAAAUUGAGCGACAUUAAAAAAGAAAAACCAUCAAUAUCAAUCGAAGUUAGAAAACCUGAUGAGCCUAAACCUAAAACAGUAAAAACGUUUAAUUCUAAAUUUAGAAAACAUGGAUUAGAAGAAGAAGUGAAACCUCCGCCUUCUCGCGCCGCUAUAUUAAGUAAAAAAGCCGCGCCCGUUUUACCACCAACAAUGCCUAUACCAAAGAGACCGUCACCUGUACAUAACGAGACUCCCCCAGAAAAGAAACCUAAAACUGUAGAAAUUCUUGAAAAACCUGGAGCAAUAAAACUGAUUCCCCCAAAACCAAAGCCAAUGAUGCUCUUAGAAAGUGAUAUGUUCAUGGACGCUCUAAAUGCCUCGGCUACAAACAAAAAAGAACCUAAGAAAAGGAAACGCCGUACAAGUGGUUCCAAGGAUGGAAAUGCACCAGAUGGUUCUCCGCCCUCUACUCCUACAACGAUGACUAGUCCAAGUAGUGAAAAUAAGUCUGUACCUCCCAGAUUUUAUCAAGAUACUUUAGAAACCGAGGAAAACAAAGAUAAACCUACUGAACAGGGUUCUGAAAGCAAUGAAAUUGUAGACACGAGUAUUAAUUCCGACAAGGAAAAUAUAGAACAGAUGGACACGUCGGAACCUCACACGGUGACUAUUAAUGGUUUAAAAGGAGUUUUGUGUUACCACAAAAGAAAGGGACCCAAAAAGAGUAUUAAAUGGAAACCAGAUUGUGAACUAGAGGAAAUUCAAUACUUUGAAUUAGAUGAAACUGAAAGGGUGAACGUGACAAAACCGUUUACGGAUAUGAAAUAUUUGGAAAGAAUUCACGAACGAGAAGCAUUCCAAAAGGGUAGAAAUAUCAGCAAUGAUGAUGUUAUGGAAGAAAAAACAAGCUGGAGGCCACUGAUUCCUAUAGAUACUGAGGGACAAUUACAAGUGGAAUAUGGAAAAAACAGCAAAGAAAAGGAGAUACAAGCGAUAAGACAAAAAGGAACGUUACAGCCAUUAUAUUUCCAUAAGUCAAUGAUUCCUGAUUCUCCUCUUGAAGCAGAUCCUGAAACUCACCCUUAUACUGAACCAACAAUUAUACCUCUUGAUGAUGCCACAGGAAACCAAGACAACAUUAGUGAUUUCCGUAAUAUGCCAUGGCCAGAACCUAAAGGUAACGCUCCACCAGCGUCGAGUACUAUGAAUAUUCAACCAAUAUUUCCACCGAAUAUAACCCAGUUUCCGAAUAAUUUUCCAAAUGCUCAAUUCCCUGUUGUGCCAGGAUUUCAAGGACCUAAUAUGGUCUCUAACGAAUGGCCAAAUGGAGUAUCCCCAAAUAUGAUGCCACCAAUGCCUCCAACUCAGCUUCCUCCUGUAAUGCCUCCGGGUAUGAUUAUGCCUCCAGAUAACAUGAUGAUGGGUCCGGAUAUGUUUGGAGCGCCAAACCCUAUGUUUCCUGGACCACCUGAUGCUUUUAAUAUGCAACCGAAUAUGUUCCCAGUUGAUUUUAACAUGCCAGUAGGUCCACAAGGUCCCCCUGGUCCCGAUGGGUUUGCAGGGCAAGGGAACUUUAGAGGUGCAAUACGCGGUCGUGGAUCUAGCGGGCAUUGGCGCGGUAAAAAUUCUGGCAAUUGGGAGGGUCCUAAUAGAGGAAGAGGAGCUCAUUCACGUGGAGGACGUAAAAACGUUUGUAUUUACUUUCAAAGGAAAGGAUCAUGUCGACAAGGUGAUAACUGUUCGUUUUUACAUCCUGGUGUGAACUGCCCUUACUAAUUUUAAUAAUAUAAUAAGUCGGUUGUAAACAAUUUGUAAAUGUAUCAAUAAUAAAAAAAAAUACAUAUUUAAGUUUCUAAAGUUGUAUAUUUAUAAGAGUUAGAUACUCAAAAGACUGUUAACGUAAAUAAUUUUAUUUAAAUGUAUAUAGUAAGUAAAACUUUGUGAAGCUGCAAAUAAAAUUGCCAUUUAUA